AUGAUUGUGCGCGAGAGUCCAAAGGCCAAAGUCAAGGAUAAUCAACCAAACUGGCCCCCGCAAUCGUCUGUGGAAGCAUUGCUCAGCUCGCCCUCUGCACGCAGAAAAUACGAGAGUCGCCGCGAGCGCAACUCCGUCUCACCCUCCCCCUCGAAGCGCCGCCCCAUGUCGCGCGACUACACCCAGCCCACGAGCGAUGGGGACGACGAUGACGAAGAAACCCUACGUCUCCAGUUGCAAGCCAUCGAGGCAAAGUUGAAACUAAAGGCAUUGCAAAAGAAGAAAGCAGAAUCUGCCGACGCUGACCGUAAUGGAGCGUCCUCACGAGCCAGCAUAGCCAGCACGAUGCGCAGGGCUGACCCAUCGCCAUUGAGCAGUCAAGAAGCGGGCGUACAGGUGCCACGCUCUCCCACCCGAACACGACCACCACCCGACGAGCCAAAGAGUCCUGCACGAGUCAUGCUGGGCAUCGACAAAGGACUGACGGCACGUGAUAUUAGUCUCAAGCGGCCUUCGAGCGUUCUGGCCGGGCGGGCGCGAGCGGGGUCGCUCAAGGGCAGCGAGACCCCUAAGAUCAAAUCUUUCAGCGAGCGCAUUGCCGAAAGCAGGAACAGAGACAAGGACCGUGAAGAGAGGGAGGAGAAGGCCGAGCUGAGGAGAAACAGAGGAUUUGGCUUGCAUACCAUCGAAGGCUUAGCAGAACGGCCAUCACUUUCUAGGACCAGUUCUUCUCAAGGCUCUGAGACACCGAGUUCGCGCGAGAUGCCCCCGCCGUUUUCAAGACGUACCAGACCUCAGAGCCGCUCCGUUGAUUUGAGAAUUCCACCCUCCCCUCGACCUGGCUCCACCUUGUCUUUCCGCAACGACACUUCACGUCCGGUGUCCUCGUCUUCCAAGGCAUCUUCCUCUAGUUUUGGCUCAAUCCCAACCGUUUCUCGAUACGCCGAGAUCUCGUCCCGAGAUGACAGCUCAGAGGCCCCUAGCUUUGAGCCUUUUUCUGGUCUGCACUUGAAGUCGCGCGAAAUGCAGCACAAUGUCGUCACUCGUACUUUGGAAGGCAAGACUGUCCUCACUAUUCCCCAGUUGCUCAAGACGGUCAAGGCACCAGAAUAUGAACCCCCGGAUUGGGAAAACGACUAUGUUGUACUAGGUGUCAUUUGCUACAAGUCAACACCGCACAACUCCAAGAAUGCCGCUAAAGAUCAGACUAAAAGCAGUCAAGAAUCGGCAACGGAUCAAAACGGCAAGUUCAUGGUAAUCAAGUUGACUGACCUUAAGUGGGAGCUGGAUCUAUUCUUGUUUGAUACCGGCUUUUCCCAGUUUUGGAAACUUCCCCUCGGCACAGUUGUUGCCAUCUUAAACCCCGACAUCAUGCCGCCACGGAACCGCGACACAGGCAAGUUUUCCUUGAAGCUGACUAGCUCAGACGACACCAUACUUGAAAUUGGAACUGCACGGGACUUGGAUUUUUGCAACGCGAAGAGGAAAGAUGGAAAAGAUUGUGGUCAAUGGAUUGAUGGCCGGAAAACGGAAUUUUGCGAGUUUCACAUCCAACUUCAGGUGGACAAGGCCAAGAAAGGCCGUAUGCAAGUCAACACCAUGACUGGCUUUGGUGGAGGCCCGGGUAGCAGCAAGUUUGGCAUGUUUGGUCGAAGUGGCGCUUCGAAAGGUGACGAGCUCAAGCGCGAAGGAAGGUAUCAUGAUCGCGAACUGCAUGAGACUGUGUACAUUGCCCCACGACCUGGAGGCGCUGCCAAGCUCAUCGACCGGGAUCACCAAAACUGGGAAGGGGGAGUGAGCCGCGAAGACCGCUUUCGAAAGCAACUGGCUGAGAGAGAGAAGGAGCGCGAACUUGCUAAGAAGCUAGGCACUAUAGGAGACGGCACUACUGGAGCUGAUUACUUGCGGUCGAAAGGCGCUGGCACUCCGAGCCUACCCACCAGAGCACGCCCUUCUUCUCUCAUCUCGACAAGUUCAAGGCUAGACAAGCCGGCCGAGACGGACUUCUCCAGCCUACUCAAUCGCACGUCCAAAGACAUCUCCCUGGCACCUGUAAAACGAAAACGAGCCGCUUCGGGCAAAUCGGUCACAUCGACCGAUCCAGUAGGGUGGGCAUUCAAAUACGGACGAAUCCCGUCUCCCAAGAAGGUAAUACCUUCGGCAUUUCGCGGCACGCGUGAGGCGAGUCCUGCGAAGAAGAGGGCUCGUCUACUGUUAGAUGGAAAGGGCAUACGUGAGCCUGGCCGAGAAAGCCUUGGCGGACUCGACGUAGGACUCAUCGCUGCCCUCGACGAUGACGACGACGAUGAUGAUUUGGAAGUUGUCUGA